UAUUACGUUCUGCUAACUCUUUGCUCUGUGAAUUUCCUCAAUUGUGAUGUAAUUGCGUGUAAUCCAUCGACAGUGCUAGCAGAAAUUGCAUGUGAUUGCGAGCGACACACUCGCAACAUAGUCGACGUAGCAAACGUCGCGAUCACCAAAAGGGAGCUACUUUGGAAUGCUGGUUCGGGCAGCCUGUCGAUUGCGCUACCUGAUCGAUAUUUUCCGUUUCCGCCACCAACAACGAAUGUAGUGGCUUAGUCACCAACGAAAGCGGUUGCAAGUGUUCUUUUCCGGUGGGGCCGCCGUACCCGUGUGCUUCCUUCCUAUGUGACUGUGAUUAUAUUUAUCAUCCAGUUAUCGAGUGCGAGAGAAGGGGACGGACGUCUGUUGUUCGCAGCUUGUGCGCAUCUCGCAGCCGACUAGAGAGGAAGUUCCUCGCCCGUCAAUAGCAUAGUUGCAAAACACCAGCAGGAAAAGUUGCGUGUGCAAGGUGACAUCGGAAGCAGGCAGCCAAGCUGGAGGUUUAAAAGAAAUCUACAUCACACGUCACUCCUAAAAGAUGAUUAACUUGAAAGUGAAAACUUUAGACUCACAGAAUCACGAUUUUGCAGUAGAUGAUGAGAUCACCGUCCGCCAGUUUAAGGAACAGAUCGCUCAAAGGAUCAAUGUUUCCGUGGAGCUCCAGCGGCUCAUCUACUGUGGUCGGGUACUGGCGGACGAUAGAGCGCUCAAGGACUACGAUGUGAACGGGAAGGUCGUACAUCUGGUGCAGAGGGCACCGCCCUCGGCCCGUGGCACCAGCUUGAGCGGUGGUGCUGAUGCGGGUGGACGUGGUUCUGAUGAAGCUACGCGUGCUUCGCGUCGCUCCCGAAGCAGUGACAACGCAUCACGUAACGCCGGGUUCCGUGGUUUCGAGGGACAGGGCAACCUGUUCCGUGGUUUUGACGGCCUCGAUACGAUGUACUUCGGUUCGAUGACGUCGAUACCGCUGAACGUGAGUGCAACGAACGUCACACAGAUUCCCUCGGUUAGCUCUUCAUCGACGCUAUGCAACAACCGGAUCACCGUGGCGCGUCAUAUGCUCGACUGUGCCGACAGCAUUCUGAGCUACCUGGAAAAUCCGUCCCUGGGUCUGAAUUACAGCGCGAUGGACUACCUCUCUCAGCAGACGAUGGAAUCGACCGUGUUCGAGGUGGGCAUCUCUGCCGUCGGCGAUAUGGAGGUACCGCACAGCCAGAUGCAGAAUUUUGUGAACGCGUUCCAGGGUGCGGUCAGUGCGGCCUUUCGCCAGAACGGUAUGUCGAACGUGACCGUACAGCAGCCGGACGGGUUGAACGGGUCGGUGCAGGUGUUCGGUACGGUGCCGGACUUUGCCGUGCUAACGCCACCCAACACGAGUGCCACGGCGACACCAGCCCACGAAGGAUCCGGCACGUCGUCGGCGUCGAGCAGCAGCAGAAGCAGCAGCAACGCCAGCAGUAGCAGCAGCAGCAGUAGCAGCAGCCGAGCCGGAACCGGUGGAAGCUCCAGCAGCAGCUCCAGUACCUCCUCGAGCACGUCGUCGUCGGAGUCGAGCGCUGAAAGUCGACGUCAAGCUCGCCCAGGUCCGUCCAACAAUCAAACGACCAGCACGCAGACGCUUGGCGAAGUCGUGCAGCAUAUGAGGAACGUACAACGCCGAAUGGAACCAUUCAUGCAGCAGUACCUGGAUAUCCUGCAGGAUGAUCCACCGUUCGAAGAGUCCGAUACGGUGGGGCGCGAAAACGCACAGCGUGUGUUCGAUCGGGUUUCGGAAGCGAUGCACUACAUGUCACAUGCCCAGCAUGCCAUUAGCGACCUCAUGCUGGACCUGCAAAUGGCCACCCCACGUCAUCUCUGCUGUCGACCGAUUUUAGUGGAACAGAACGCGUACGUUAGCUCCGGAAUGGCUGCUGUGCCGCACAACAUAAAUUUGGCAAGUUUGUUGCGCAAUAACAUGAACAACAACAACAACAACAACACCAAUAAUAAUAAUAAUCCUGAGGUGGGAAACAACAACGUCAGCACGCCGGUCAUCAACAUAGGCAUAACACCGCAACCGGCAUUCUUUACGGGAGUUUCAAGUGGCGGAGGAUCGCCAGCAACGUCAAUGCGUCCACCAUCGAGUGCUGCCGUAGGGGGAGGGGGAGGAGGAGGAGGAGGAGGUAACGCUACGGCGGCACCAGGAGGGCCAGGGACGACCACUACCACCAGUAGUGCUUCUCAGUCCCAGCAGCAGCAGCAGCAUCAGCAGGCUCCAACAAUAGCAGCAGCAGCGGCCGGAGCAGCAGCAACAACUGGAAGGGCUCCAGCCAAUAACAAUAGCACCGGAGCAUCCGCUGGCAAUGCCGCUAAUGCAGCGCAGUUUCAGAACAACAACACGCACAUGCAGGUUGCUCGCCUGAUACAGGCGGUCGUCAAUGCUGCCCCCAUCCUCUCGGAUAUUCACGUGCAGAUCAACACGACCGGCGGGCCGGGUGGUAAUCAAGGUGGUGCUGGUUCUAAUCCGAUCGGCAGAACACCGCCAGAAGCACCGACUACCGGUGCUAGCGCACCACCGCAAGGUGGCAAUCCGACCAAUACGACCACCACCAAUACCAAUAGCAACGGAGGAACGGCCACUGCGGGUGCUGCAGCUGGUGGUGGUGGUGGUGGGGCUGGUCCGACAGUAAUGGAAGCUGCUGGUUUGGCCUUUGUACCCCGCUUCGCCACCGUUACACUGCCAACCACCUCGACCCAGACACGUUCCACGUCCCGUCCGCACGUGCACAGCAUACCACCACCGGCGGCAUCACACAUUCGUAAUCUUCGUCCCGUGCCGACCAAUAUACUGUCCACGUUUGAUCGAUUUCUACCGUGCAAUAGCCAUCACAUACGAGAAACUAGCAGCACGGAUCGGCCCGGCGAUGGACCCGCCAACAGAGCCGAGAGCACCGAUAGGCCCCAGCGAAACAGUGCUGCAGCCGAAAGAUCCCAACAAGGUGUACGCGCAACUGCUGGUGAUAGAACCAGACAAAACAGUGGUACCGGUGCAACCGCUGCUGCUGCUGCUACCUCCGCCACGCCAUCCUUGGCUAGCAAUGAACAAGCUUCCGAGGGAAAUUCGGCUGCAGCUGGCGCAACGGCUCCAUCAGCACCGGAAUCCCCAGAAGAUUUCGAUAUGGCAUUUGCCCGUGAGAUGUUCGGUCCAUCGCCUGUCACCCUGCUCGGAAGCCAUUUCGACCUGUCCGAUUUCUUCAAUCUUGUACCGUCUGCGAACACGUUCAAUCGCGUACGCGACUCACUGCAGACGUACGUCAGUCAGACGCUCUUUAGCGGGCGCCCAUGGGACGACCAAGCAUCAAUACGGGAGGUGACCAACGAAAUCAUCGAACGAAUGCUGCCCGUGCUGGCCCAAGUGACGCAGCACGAUCGCACGCAGUACGACACGCGUGCCUCGCUGGCCAACCUCGUACGCAAUGCCUUCCCGACCUGCCUCACGAUGAUCCGCCAAACCCGGACACCCUACUACGGCGUGCAGCUGGCACGCUUCCUUGCGGAGGUCGUGCGUCGGUUCUUCAUGAUCCUGGUCGUUGGAGUGGGCCGCACCAAUGCGCGCACCAUCGUCACGGACCUGCUGCGCAACACGCUGCAGCAAAGUCAGCUUUCCGAUUCUGACUUUGCCAUGCUGCUGCAGCCGACGAUAGACCGCUAUUUGGACGGUGCCAGCCGGGGGCACAUCGUAGAGAUCGAUUCAUUUCUGGUCAUUCGUCUUCCGGGACCACCGUCGGCGGGCGAUGCUGCCGUGUCCGAACUGACACCUGCCGCAGCGGAUGUUGUUGUGCCGGAAUUCCAAAUCUGCCCGCUGGUAGAUGCAGCUGGCGAAGGCGGCAGUCGUUCGUCCAGCAUGUCGUCGAGCACCGGAACCGGCCAGCGGGAGUCUAGUCCAAUGGACGUCGAUGACAUGGAGACUACGUCCACUCCCGAGCUGGUGUCGGACAUAGCGGAAAUUUCGAUUUCGAUUGAGCCACCCGUCAUGAACGUCGACCAGUGUGCAGCUAUAGUGAUCACAACUAGUCCGCCUUCCGUAGACUCCUCCAGUUCCUCCGCGUCUGUCAGCGCUUCGGCGGCAAAUGCUCCCGAGCGGCAGCAGCAGCAACAGCAGUCGGGUGACGGCCAGACUACAGCUUCCGCAACGAGCAACGCAAGCGAAAAGCCGGCAUUAGGUACGAUGGCGGCCGCUACCGCCGCCGUGACGCUCCGUGCAGCAUCACUAGCGGAACCCCCGGUUCCACCGCCACGGCCGACCGAUGAUGACGAGGAGAUGCCGACCGUUAAUAUUGGGGCCGAGUCAUGGCAUCGGCAUUUCCCAUCCAACUGGAUACCGGUUAUCUCACGAGAUCUCGGCAGACAACGGCGGCAGAAUCCUCAGGCACCUUUCUCGGACGCCUACAUCUCCAGCAUGUCCUCGAAGCGUCGGAAGGUGAUAACGGAAUCGAAACCCCCGAACGACGUACACUCACUAAUAUCGGACGGCAUUAGGCGCUCCUUCCUCGGCACUGGCAUCACACCGACCUGUACGGGCUCAUCCACAACCGGUGGAGCCAGUGGACGCCUGCGUACUGCGGACACAUCUUCCACAUCCAACGCGUCAAUGGCGGCCGCAAGCAGCAGCAGUGGUGGAGAUGGCGGUAGUAUUCGUGCUGCUGCCGGGGGAACGCCGGCCAACGUUGGUAAUGCUAGCGGCAACCGGUUCCGCACGCUGGAUGAGCUGGCCAACAGUAUCGCCAACGACGGAGCACUGCAGAUGUCCUACUGCGAAGCGAUGCGUGCCAGCAUACGUGAACGGCUGGCAAAGGAUCCAGAUUACGACGCCACCCGGUUCCCGAACUGUUCCAAGUUUUUCGAGAAGCAGUAGAGCGGCCAGCAAACGAUUAUCAGCUUAAACCCCGCCACAGCCGCGCCAACACACUCGCCGCCAGCAUUUCUUUUUCCAACCCAAAGCGUAUCUUCGUUGAUCAUUACCGGAAGAGUCGGGAUUUUUUUUGUUUUGUCAAGAUGCACUUACUUAAGGUAUCUUUUUUUUCGGUUGAUUCACCUUUAUUCUUAAGAGAGCUGUAGCUUUUCUUUCGGUUCAAUGUGUGCGUGUGUUUUUUAUUAUUGUUUUACAUUACCCUUGUACACAUUCUCACACCGAUACUAAUGACGUUAGUGCAUGCGAUGCGCUAUGCCUUUGUUUCUGAGGAAAAUGCAAAAAGACGAAGUAGGCGGAGAGAUAAAAAGAGAACGAGAAACAGUAAAUAUUUAAAGUACAGAUUAACGGGCUGCUGCAGCCCACGGAUGAUGAUAAUGACGUUGCCAGCGCUUGAGGAGUGCAAGUUCUGUAAAAUGAUACAAAACAUAGAACGGAAUUAUAGAGUAUAGGCCGUCGGAGAUCACAUGUAGAUGAAGAAGGCAAAUGUAUAGUUUAGUAAACGCAGAGACUGGAGCAAAGAGAAGGAUAGAAUAUUUGUUGCCACAAGGAGUAAAACUUUGUAGGCUUGAACGAAACACAGGACUAAGCCUAUCCAACCUAGAUUGAUGCACUUGUUUCGCGUGGUCCCCGGACGCUGAUCCAUAGAAUAGGCUUCAGCAUGGAGCCCAGCGACGAUAAAUCUAAAUCAUAUUUCUAUUCUAAACAAAUGCGUGGUUUUCGAAACAAGCGAACUAACGAACAUGAUCGACUUCCCCUGUUGGCACUUUAAAAUUCACGAAUUAAUGGAACAUUUUUGGAAUAGAUGAAAGGUGGAGUUAGAUUUUUGUUUUUUCUUUCACUUUCAUGUCGCUUUCAUCAUAUCGCUUGCGUGUAUGCUAGCAUUAUUACGCUAUGUUUUCGCCCUCAAAUCCCCAAAAAUACGUGUCGUAAACACACGCAAUCGCACUAUAGUUUGUUUCGAGUUUCUAUUUCGUACUCAGUAGCCUCCGGAAUGGAAGGUGAUUGUUAUUUGGUUUCUUUUGUUCCAUUGGAUUUCAGUUCAGUUUCAGUGUUACCUCAUAACGGGCAGAAAAGUGUAUCGAAGUGCUACAAAAGAUGAAGAAAAAUACAAAAAAAAACAUAGAUGAAAGGGACACAUCUUAUAAUCUACUCAAAAUAACUAGGAAGUUACAAAUAAAUCAA